AUGUCACUAGUGAGUGAGUGGUUAAAUGGGACUGUGUUCUCUGAACGUCCAUGGCCAGAGGGAGAGAAGUGGCUGCUGGUGGCCGUGUUGGGCCUAGAGAUGAUCAUGGGAGUUGUGGGAAAUGGUCUAGUUCUGCUGGUCAAAGUCAUGUGCAGGGGUCAGUUCUGCUGUCGUUAUUGGUUUCCUUUCAUCAGUCUCACCUUGUCAGAUUUCGGCUGCUCCCUCCUCAUCAUCUCCGGCUCACUUUUGGCCAUGCUGACAGGAGGUCAGAGGUCACCAUGGUGUGAGAUCGUCAGCCUGCUGAAGUUCGCCUUCAUCGCCUCCUCUAUAGGGAGCAUCGCGAUCCUCUGUGUGCAGCGGCUGACUGGCGUGGUCUCCACAGGAAGUGCUUGCUUUGUUGUAGUUGUGACAGUGUGCUUGGCCUCUUGGGUGACAGGGGUGGUGUUCGGGAGUGUCCCUGUUGUCUACGCCUGGAUCAAGUAUGACCCUGCUGAGAUGCUUUGUGCUGUCUUCUGGGAGAGCAGCUACUCAGACAUGUUAGUCUACAUCCUCUGUGCCUUCUCCAUCUGUAUCUUCUUCCCCUUCCUUCUCAUCCUCCUCUGCUCUCUACUGACUGCCUUCGGCUGUCAUUUGAGCAGCACCAGUGACGAUGAAGUAGAUCUGUCUGCGGUCACUCCCCUGCUGGUGGCCUCCUACCUGCUCUGCUACACUCCCUUUGUUGUGUCUGAGCUGAUCCUGCUGGGUAGGAUGAACCUGUCACCGGCACCUGAUUGGCUAAGGACGCUGUCAUCAGUGAUGUCAUACCUAGACUGUGGUCUUAACCCUCUUAUCUACUGCUCGCAUCAGGAUUUCCGGGAGGCAGGCCUGGCCCUGCUGUGGUCUAAAAGGAAACCACGGUCAGAGCCUGUCCUCACUGCUAUCACUAAACUUCACCUGUAAAUACACUUCCACUUUUAUUAGACUGAACAAU